GAAAGGGCAACCCUUUGACGGCGGGCGGGAGAAGCUUCCAGAAGCCUUGCAGAUGUUGAAGGAAAUGGCGUUUGUGGGUCUCACGGAGAGAUGGGACGAGUCCGUUUGCCUAUUCCACCGCAUGUUUGGUGGUGCGGUCAACCUGGCACAGCUGGUGGACUUCCAUGCUGGAGGCUACCACCAGCAUCUCUACGACGAGAAAGCCUUGGGUGGGUUCGAAGACAAGGUUGAUGAGAAGAUCUACAGGGCUGCUGAAGCGCGCUUCGAGCAACUUUUGGAGAAGUAUGUGGGCAACGGGUCGGUCUGCAGUCCGCUAAAGCCCUCGAGAGAGCUGGCGGGAACCUCCAGCAACCUGGUUCAAACAUCCUCGCGACGAGUACCCUGCUCCUGCGCAGCAGAAGGCCGUGAGUGUGGCAUCUCCAAGGCAAUGAAUAUCAACUGCGGUGACUGCCCGGGCAGACGCCUGGGCUUCCUGAAGAACGUGAGCUUUGACGCAUCCACGCUCCAAUGCGAGGUCGAUCCUGGCCGCUGCAUGCUGGAAGGCAGACCUCUCCACGAGCUAUUCACGUUCAAGGUGGCGCGAAACCGACUCGGAUCACUGCAUGUUCCAAGGCAGACAAAAGCCUGA